AGUUCACGCAUCAGUUGUGCGCAAAAUGAAAUUCUUGGUCGUCUUAGUCGCCCUCGCAGCCGCUGUGCUGGCCGAAGUGCCGAUCUUCAAGGACUACCAUCAGGAGAUCGGUGUGCCCCUAGCAGCUAAGAUCAAGGCUCGCGAGGAAGCCGCCGACUUCGACGGUUCCAGGAUCACCGGAGGAAACCCUGCCGCCUUAGGAUCUCACCCGCACUUCGGUGGUAUAGUCAUCACACUCACCACCGGCCAGACCUCCGUCUGCGGCUCCUCCCUCCUCUCCAACACGCGCGCCGUCACCGCCGCCCACUGCUGGAGACACCGCAACAGCCAAGCUCUCCAAUACGUCGUGGUUUUCGGUUCUACCCUCCUCUUCUCCGGCGGAGUCCGCAUCACCACCAGCAAUGUCGAACCCCACGCUAACUACAACCAGAUCAACUUGAACAACGACAUUGCUAUCAUUACCCUAAGCUGGGUCACUUACACUGACGUCAUCCAGCCUAUUUCACUCCCCACUAGCCAGACUGAAAACCUCUUCGUCGGCACGUGGGCUUGGGCUGCAGGAUUUGGCGCCACCGGUGACAACAACCCCAUCACCAACUACCAGUACUUGAGUGAAGUGUCCCUAGAAGUGAUCAGCAACGCUAUCUGCGCUAACACCUACGGCCCCUCCGUCGUCGUUAACUCGCUCAUCUGUGUGAGGACCCAGGGUCGCAACACCUGCGGCGGGGACUCCGGCGGCCCCCUGUGGGUGUGGGUCGGCAGCGAGCGCAACCUGAUCGGUGUCACCUCCUUCGGGCACAGCAGCGGGUGUCAGACCGGCUUCCCCGCCGGUUUCACCAGGGUCACUUCCUACAUCUCCUGGAUCCAGGCCCGGCUUUGAAUAUCAAACUCAUCGGCGUUGGCACAAAAUUAAAUUUGACCUUUUUAUACAAUAAAGAGCACGUUUUUACUAA